CGUUCCCGAGAUGCUCUCUAUCUGACACGCAUUUAGUUUUAUACAUGACAGAAAAGAACAGCACGCUGUCACUGUAACGGAGCUACAGUACACAAAAACGCCUCAGUCCCUGUUCUUCGAUCGCAGUUAAAACCACAAAAGGAAUCUUAUCAAACACGUCUUUCGAUCUCUCUCAUCUCCUUCUCUUUUCCUUGCUUUGGUAAAUGCUGCUGCAUUUCACAUGGGCAAGAAGGGAGGAACCUCAUGGUUAACCGCAGUAAAAAAGGCUUUCAGAUCUCCUUCUAAAGAGAGCGAGAAGAAGAGCAGCAAGAGAAGGGAAGAUCAAGAGGUUGAAGAAGAAGAAAAGAAGAGGGAGAAGAAGAGAUGGAUUUUCCGAAAAUCUUCAAACACGGAGCCGUUGCAUCAAGGCGAUUUCAAGGGGGCCGCGAGUCGGGUUUCUGCGUCCAUGGCUGCAGAUCAACGGCAUGCGAUUGCAGUGGCUGUAGCGACAGCAGCGGCAGCAGAAGCAGCGGUGGCAACGGCACAAGCUGCCGUUGAAGUCGUUCGACUCACCAGGCCGUCGAAUUUCGUUAGAGAGCAAUAUGCCGCUGUGGUUAUUCAGACGGCUUUUAGAGGUUAUCUGGCAAGAAGAGCUCUUCGAGCUCUGAAAGGGCUGGUGAAGCUGCAAGCUUUGGUGAGAGGACACAACGUUCGAAAGCAGGCGAACAUGACGCUGAGAUGCAUGCAAGCUCUUGUUCGGGUGCAGGCUCGGGUGAGAGAUCAGCGUGUGAAACUCUCGCAGGAAGGCAGCAGCAUAUCCUCUAUCAGUGAUAGUAACAGCUUUUGGCAGGCGAGAUAUCUUCAGGAAAUGGCGGAGAGGAAAUCAAUGUCGAGAGAUGGAAGCAGUGUUGCAGAUGAUUGGGAUGACCGCCCGCAUACGAUUGAGGAAAUCCAAGCUAUUUUGCAGAGCAGAAACGAAGCUGCUUUGAAACGAGAAAAAGCGCUUGCGUAUGCUUUCUCUCACCAGAUAUGGAGGGCUGGGAAAAACCCAUCAAUGGCUGAGGAAGCUGAGCUUGAGGAGAGGCCGAAAUGGCUCGACCGUUGGAUGGCGACAAGGCCAUGGGAGAACAGGGCAAGAGCUUCCACCGAUCAAAGAGACUCCAUCAAAACCGUCGAAAUGGACACCGCCCGGCCAUUCUCUUACUCAAACACCAACUUGAGAAGACACCAACAGCAACCGCAACAGCACCCAAGCUCGUACUCGAUCUCAUCUCCUCUCCACAGAUCCCACCACAACCUCUCUCUCCAUCAAUCCCCAGCAACACCAUCUCCCGCAAAGACCCGACCUUUACAGGUGAGGUCCUCUAGCCCUCGUUGCAUCAGAGAAGAUAAGAACUCUCCAGCAGUGCACACGCCGAGCUCUGCUUAUUACUACAGCAGCGGCUUUCGCCACCAUGGAAUUCCAACAUCGGCAGCAAAUGGCGCCGAAGCUGCUGCAGCUUCUGCAAUUCCGAACUACAUGGCAGCGACAGAGUCGGCGAAGGCUCGAGUCCGGUCACAAAGCGCGCCAAGGCAGAGGCCAAUGACACCGGAGAGAGAGCGAGGCAGCGGCGGAUGCUCGGCGAAGAAGCGGCUGUCUUUCCCAGCUCCGGAGUCCUAUGGCAGCGGUGGCAGUGGCGGUGGCGGAUUUGGAGAUAAGCUGAGGAGCCCAAGCUUCAAGAGCGUGCAGAUGAUGAUGAUGGAGCAGCAAUCCAACCGUUCGUCGUGUUGUACGGACAGCUUUACUGGCGAGGUGUCUCCGUCUUCCACGAGCGACCUCCGUAGAUGGAUGAGAUGAACUGAGAAGAAGAUAGAUUGUUGUAAUUUCAAGUGCUGAUAGGAUGAAUGAUGAUGGUGAUAGCGAUGACUUUGGUUAUGAUCUACGGUUGUUAUUUGAUCGGAGAUUUUAUGAUUUGUAGGUAGAGUUAGUGUUUUAUCAGAGAUUUUUAAUUCUGUAAUUUUCGUUGAGUAGGAACGAAUCAUCUGCUUAGGAGAAUUGAAACUAUCAUGAUCGAAACCGUUUGUCUCGA